AUGUUGGCUAAAUUGAAGCGUCUUGAUUUUGCUGGCCAAUCACAAAGAGUUUCAUUUUUGAAUUUGUUCUUGGUGGGUGGAGAUUUUGCCUUGUCGCCAUAUUGUGAUCGGCUGCCUAAAGGCUAUCAAGUAAUUAUGGGUGCUAAGCAGAGCAAACGCUCGGUGGACAUAAGUGGUAAGGAGGCUGAGGGCGCGGGCGAGGUGGCGGCGGCGGGCGCGGGCGGGGAGGGCCGCGUCGAGCAGCUCGCCGACGCCGAUGCGCUCAAGCCGCAGCUUAACGGCGAUGCACACAUACACGAAUCUUCGGAUAAAGAGAAACAGCUCGAUAGCGGUACACCAGAAAAUGAAAAGGACGUUACUACAGAAAAGGAAGGCAAGGAACAAGAUGAAGAAAAAGAGAAAGAAGCAGCCCCUGUAACAAACGGAGAUAGUGAGCAAAAGGUAGAAAAUGGCGAGUCUACUCCUUCGCCCGAGGAUAGCAAGAAACCCAAGAAAGAAAAGGUCAAGAAGAAAUGGUCGCUCAGAUCGAUCAGUUUCAGUAGAAAAGAUAAACCGAAACAGGAGAAGAAAAAUAAAGACGAUGAACCCAAAACGAACGGAGAACCUGAAAAAGUACCUGAAGAGACUACUGAAACAAGCCCGGAGCUGGAGAAAAAUGACGUAGUAGCUGAAGAAAAGGUCGAAGCUGAGGCUAAGGACGAAAAGACACCAGAAACACCAGUGACUGAACCCAUCACAAACGGCAGCACGACACCCGAGACACCAAAAGAAGAGACUCUGAUCCCGGACGAGCCCGUUGCCGAGAACAAGGAAAUUGAAAGGACAGAGCAACCUAAAGUCGAAGCUGUAUCGGAAAUAUUACCCAAUGGUCACCCCACAGAGGCACCUAAGAGUGAGACCCCCGAGUCCCCCGAGCCAGUACAGAGCGAGACUAGCAAGCCGGAGGAGGCGAUUGUCGAAAAGUCCGAGCCCGCUCCGACAACUGAAAUUCCAGUCGAAAAAGAGGUUUGUGUUGAAAAAAUGCCUUUAAUUGAGCCUACGCCUCCACCACUCCCUGCUAAUCCUCCCCCCUCGUCUGUCGCGACUUUUGCCGCCACCACCAUGGCGCCUGAGCUGGCUGCGCCCCUUGAGCCCGUCGACCCCGCGCCUGCCGACCCCGCCCCUGCCGACCUAGCGCCUGUGGACCCCGCACCUGCCGACCCCGUGCUAGCCGACCUCGUGCCUGCCGACCCCGCACCAGCCGACCCCGCGCCCCUUCCCGUCACCUCCACCGCCUCCGACGACACACAACCUAUUGAUACAAUUGAAGAUCAAUGCAGUCUCCCAGUAAUUAAUCAGAACGCAGAAGUUAUGCCUUUACAGCCGUCUAUCAGUAUCACGGACGUGGAUGAACAACCCACCGAGCCCUCUUUACUCGAAGACCGAGCUGAAGUAACUGAAUUACCGACAACUAAUGAUAUUGUCCCUGACGAUGAUUUACUGCAGAGUAAUAUUGUUGAUGAGAUCACUACUAACCUACCAGAAGAACCUCGAGUUUCUGAUCUAGAAUGUAUCGAAAUCGCCGUCGACGAUGAUGCGACGCAACAAAAUGAAGCCGCAUCUGUGAAUAAAUUUGAUGACUUAAAACCGAGCGAAAACGAGAAAAUAAUCGAAAACGGUGAACAAGAUAAAGAAUCUGACGAAGCGACGCCAGCAGUCGUUGAAUCCUGUCCAGAGUUCGAUUCGAGUAAGAUAACCAACGGCGUCCCUGAAGUGGACGCGGAACAGUUAUUAAAGAAACCGAUAUCCGUCCCGGAAAUGGAGACGGACGAGAGCAGGGAAGAUGUCGCAGUGAUGACCAACGGCGAGCACGCCGGCCCGCAGCCCGCCGGCCCGCCGCGGGACGAGGCGCGGGACGCGUCGCGGGACACGCCGCAGGAAGUUGUUCCGGCUUCUGAUAAACUGGCUGAGUUGAUCCCUGAGGUUCCUUCUGUACCAGAACUGAAAACUGAAUUGGAGACGCAGAGCGACGUGGCGGUGCGCAAC